AGCUCGCCCGCUUAGCUCACCUCCGCUUACCGCCGGCAGCUCCUGGGCGGACGGGCGAGCGUUCGGAGCUGUCCACCUGCUGGAGCCGCUGCCGGCAGGACCGGGAGAGGCAGCAGCUCGGGGCUCUCUUGCAAGGGAGAGCCCGCUCGCCGCUCCGCUUUGCCUUGCCUUCUUUGGAGCGCCCGGGAAAGCCUGCGGGCGGUUUCGACCGGUGGUGCCUGUCCCCUGGACGCCGCAGGGACUGCCAUCCUGCCAGCUUCCUGCUCUCAUCUUUUCUCCCCCAACCCCUUUGCACUGACUCCACUGAUCUGUCCGACACUUGAACCCUGGAGUAAGUAGGCACACGAGAGGGAAAGAGGCCCGGUGCCAGGACGUGCUGAGCGAAUGUGUCCGGCUGCUUCCAUCCCUGCCCGUGAAGCCCACCGAGGGGGAAGGCCAGUGCUGCUCUGGCUGUAAUCACCCAGUGCUGAGAGACGUGCCUUUCCUGAGGCUCCCUGUUUGGCCAGGUACCGAUGGAGGGUACAGUGCUCCAAUUCUCUUGAGGAUGUUUGGAAAAGUUGGAAGAUCCCAUGGAGGCUGCUGAAUGCGCCAGGAUCUUGCCAGGUAAUAGCAGCCUGUCGGGAAACCAACAACUGAAUUACCAUUCUCUGGAGCACAACCCCACUAAACCUUCUACGGAAGUGAAAGGUUACCAGCGGAAGACAUGGAAGGCGUUCCUAUGCCACUCGGUCUCUGUGCUCACUCUGGGGCUCCCUCUCGUCAUCUUCCACUGGAAGCCACACCUGGAAGUCUACGCCAAAUGCACUCCCUGCCCCUUGCGCCAGGCAGACUGGGUACUCAUUCGAGAUCAGCUGGGACGGUGUUUCGCGGCCAGAGUCCAAACAGAGCAGAUCGAAGAUGGCAGCCUCGAAUCCAGAUCAGACGAGGGGAGAAGCGCUAUCGCCGUGGGCGUUUCGGAUGACCAAGCGAGAAGCCAGGACACCAUACAGCUGCACGAGAAGGAAGAGAAAAACAUUCUUCGUUAUUACGCCUUCGAAGGUGUGCACUACCUCUGGGUGGAAAGGCGGCAGGCCUACUGCAAAGCCAGCACGUUGAAUGAAGGCUGGAUGUGUUCCGAUCUCCGUCACUCCUGCGGGGGCCUGAGCGUCGAGGAGCAAUCUGCCAGAAAGGUAAUUUACGGGCCAAACCUGAUUGACGUGCCGGUGAAGUCGUACCUCUGGAUGCUGAUGGAUGAGAUCUUGAAUUUAUUCUACAUUUUCCAAGUGUUCAGCAUCACCUUAUGGAUCUGUGAAGAAUAUUACUCCUACGCCGCCUGCAUCUUUAUCAUUUCCACCAUCUCCAUCGGACUCUCUCUCUACGUCACCAAAAAGCAAAACAGGACUCUCCGGGACAUAGCCAAGGUGGUGAGCAGUGUGCAGAUCUGCCGACCUUCUGGAGAGAGAGUGGUGGUGAGUUCCGUGGAUCUCGUGCCAGGAGACGUCCUGGUGGUCUCUCCAGAGGGGAUGCUGGUUCCCUGCGACGCCGCAUUGCUCAACGGCGAGUGUGUGGUCAACGAAAGCCUCCUGACCGGGGAAAGCACACCAGUCCUGAAGACGCCUUUGCCUCAAGACCCGGAAGAGGCCAAUACCAUCUACUCCCCCGAAGAUCACAAACGACACACCCUCUUCUGUGGGACACAAGUCAUCCAGGCUCGAUCCUGCGGUGAUGCUGACAUCCUGGCAGUGGUGACCCGCACUGGCUUCUACACAGCCAAAGGGGAUCUCAUCAGCUCCAUCCUUCACCCUAAGCCACUGAAGCUCAGGUUUCAUAACGAUGCUUGGAAGUUUGUCAGCUUCCUUGCCAUUCUCGCCGUCAUUGGAACCAUCUACAGCAUCAUCAUCUUAAAGAGGAACAAGGUUUCCCGUUGGCUGAUAGCCCUCCGUGCUCUGGACAUUGUGACGGUGGUUGUUCCCCCAGCCUUGCCAGCUGCGAUGACGAUGGGCACCAUGUACGCUCAAACUCGGCUGAAACGCCAGGGCAUUUUCUGUGUCAGUCCCCAACGCAUCGACCUCUGUGGGAAGGUGCGCCUGGUUUGCUUCGACAAGACAGGGACCCUUACCGCUGACGGCAUGGACAUCUGGGGAGUCGUUCCCCAAGCCGGUAGCUCUUUUCUGCCCAUCGUCCAUCAGCUCCGUCAGCUGGCCGACGGGCCCUUGCUCCGCUGUCUGGCCACCUGCCACACCCUCUCUUUGCUUGGAAAUCAGCCUAUAGGUGACCCGCUGGAUCUCCGGAUGCUGGAGUCUACUGGAUGGUCUCUGGUAGAAACUGAAGGGCCAGAGGUGAAGGCCUCCCUGGAACAAGACUUUGGGACCGGAGCUCUGCUUGUCGUGGCUCCCCCGCUGCUGAGAGAGCAGCUCCCCGGCAUGAAGCCCGCCGUCCCCAUGGCUGUCCUCCGUCGCUUCCCGUUUUCUUCAGCCCUGAGGAGGAUGAGCGUUCUGGGGAAGGCUCCCGGCAACAGCCCCGUGGAGGCUUUCAUGAAGGGAGCUCCGGAGACGGUGGCCAGCCUCUGCCAGAAAGCAUCAGUCCCCCAGGACUUUCCCCAGCAGCUGUGCCAGUUCACAAGCAACGGAUUCCGCGUCCUGGCACUCGCUUAUAAGCCCUCGGUGGCCGUGGGGAGCUUUGAAGAAGCCCAGGAGGUGACCAGAGACUGGGUGGAAACGGACAUGGUCUUCCUUGGGCUCCUAGUCCUCAAGAACGUCCUCAAGCCCGAGACCACGCCAGUCAUCCGUGUGCUGCGUAGUGCCGGGAUCCAAACUGUCAUGGUCACAGGGGACAACAUGCUCACUGCGGUCAACGUGGCCAGGAGCUGCCAAAUGUUGCAGGCCCAGGAGCGUGUGGUGUUCGUGAAUGCAGCGCCCCCCAGCCGUGGCAAGGCAGCUGCCCUUACCUUCACUCCUUCAGAGCAGGCCAAGGAUGCACAACAGGAAGAGAGCAACUUCCAGGAACAGCAGCCGUGCUCCUUUGCCUUGAACGGGAAAUCCUUUGCGGUCCUCUGUGAGUGCUUCCCAGCCCUCCUGCCCAAGAUAUUAGUCCAAACCACUAUUUUCGCGCAGAUGUUACCUGACCAGAAAACCCGGUUGGUUGAGCAUUUGCAACAUCUGAACUACUGCGUGGCCAUGUGUGGAGAUGGGGCCAACGACUGUGGGGCUCUGAAGGCAGCCGACGUGGGCAUCUCACUUUCAGAAGCAGAGGCCUCAGCAGCGGCACCGUUCACUUCUCAGAGGGCCAAUAUCGAGUGCAUCCCCAUCACCAUUAGGGAGGGAAGAUGCUCUUUGGUCACCUCCUUUGGCCUCUUCAAAUACAUGGCAUUCUACAGCCUCACGCAAUUUGUUUCCGUGCUCCUGCUGUACACGCUCAACACCAACCUGAGCGAUGGGCAGUUCCUGUUCAUCGACCUCAUCAUCACCACUACGAUGGUCGCCCUCAUGGGCAAGACCGGGCCUGCCGAGGACUUGGGCCUCAAGCGCCCACAGGGAGCCCUGCUCAGCCUUGCCGUCCUGGGCAGCCUUUGCCUCCAGAUGGCUCUCAUCGUCGCCGUCCUGGUCAUCAUCUACUUCAUCACCGUCUCUCAACAAUGGUUCACCCCUCUGAACAGCACUCUGUCAGCCCCUGCAAACCUCCCCAAUUAUGAGAACACCGUUGUCUUCUGCACCUCGGGGUUCCAGUACCUCAUCCUGGCGGUGGUCGUGUCCAAAGGCCGCCCUUUCCGCAAGCCACUUUAUACCAACGUGCCGUUUUUGAUGGCCUUGCUCUUGCUCGCUGGCGUCAUGAUCUGGCUGACCGUCUACCCGCUGACCUUUAUGCAAAAGCUCUUGCAUCUGAAGAGUGCCGGCGACCUGAACUUCAAAGUGAUCUUGUUGGGGAUGGCUGCUCUCCACUUCUUCACGGCUUUUGUACUGGAGGUGGGCCUGGACCAUGGCCUGCUGAACGGCUUCCGGAAGCUGCGACGCAAGAAGGCAUCGAAAAAAUUGUACAAGCAGCUGCAGUGGGAGCUUAGCCAGGAGAAGAGCUUGUGGCCACCUCUCCACGCGCCUGUCUUUGCCCCCACCAGAAUCUCCCCAGCCACAAGAUGACGCUUAGUCGGUGACUUUCCGUGUGGAGGGUCUCUGCUGUGGUUCCUUUUUUGGAUCUAGCUCCUUCCUUCCAGCAGCUCUCCCGAGAUCCUCCGGGAUCCUCCUUUGACUGACAAAGGCAACUCUGAGUCGCUUCUCCCUUGUGGUGUUUCUCAUUCUCUAAGAACAUCGGCGAAGGGAAGGAACUGGCAUUUCUCUCUAAGCCACACAACCGAUAAUGGAGCUGCUGUGCUACGGAGAACCCAUCUUCAUCAGCCUCUCAGUCGAAGCCACAGGAAGCACCAAAAUUUCUGACCACUCUUGCAUCUUUCUUGAGCAGCCUUUUUUUACAACCACAUGCUGGGUUAAGAGGAAGCCGGCAGAGACAUAGCAAUAGCACUUAGACUUAUAUAUCGCUUUACAGUGCUUUUACAGCCCUAAGCGGUUUACAGAGUCAG